AUGAAUAUCGUUCCAGAAGGCAACUUUAAAUCCCAAGUCUCCACAGAUCAAGACAAAAGCGCUCUCUCGUCUGCGGUGCCCUCCUUGCCAGACACAUUACGCCAGCAAGAAGGUGGUGCAGUGCCUCUUUCCACACAACUAAAUGACAGACACCCUUUGGAGUCAAAGUUGAAGCAUUGGGAAACUACACAACGUCAAAGACAAAUGGAACAGUAUCGACAGAUAUUCGGCAUUGCCGAGCCUAUGAAAAGGACGAUGGAAAUGGAAAUUGUUAAUCGCACCGACUUCAACCCUCUCUCAACGAGCGGUAGCAUGCACCGUGACAUAUUACUGAACAAAGAGUGCAGCAUUGACUGGGAGGACGUCUACCCUGGCACCGGUUUACAGUCCAGCACCAUGGUAGGCGAUGACAUUCAUAGCAAAAUUGAGAAGCAAUUAGGAAUUUAG